AGUUCUGCUUUUCUGUUUAUUUGGGGCAAGAUCUUCAGCUCUUGGAAAGUUGAAAGAGACAAAUGAUAUGAAGUCAACGGGAACUGCUGAAUAUGGAAAUAAAAACAUCAAGCUAGGCUUGUGGUCUGAGUAUAAAGAGGGUUGUGUGGCAUUUUCCUUCUGUUUCCUAUAAAAUCUGAAACCCUUAUCCAUAAAAUUGUCUUGUAAAUCUAAAGGAGAUAGUUUGUUUCUGGGUUUCUGCGUUUUGAAUUUUCUUGUGAAUACCGCGCUUAAAACAAUCUCUGGGUUUUUCAGAAUAAUUGGCCAUGGUGAGAGGGAAAAUUCAGAUGAAAAGAAUUGAGAAUGCGACGAGCCGGCAAGUGACUUUUUCUAAGCGUCGAAAUGGGCUGUUGAAGAAGGCUUAUGAGCUAUCGGUUCUUUGUGAAUCUGAAGUUGCAGCGAUUAUCUUUUCACAGAAAGGAAGAGUCUAUGAGUUCUCGAGCUCUGGAAUGCAAAAGACAAUCGAUCGAUACUUCGAAUACAAAAAAGAAGUGCUAGCUAACAAGCCUGAAACGGAAGAAGGCAUGCAGCAUGAUAUAGCAAACAUGGUGAAGGAGAUUGAGAGAAUUGAAGUUUCUCAAAGAAAGCUUUUAGGGAAAGAUUUGGAUUCGUGUAGCGUUGAUGAACUCCUAAAUAUUGACGGUCAGCUGAAAAGAAGCUUGCGCAGCAUUCGAGCGAGAAAGGCUGAGCUAUUUAAGGAGAAGACAGAGCAACUAAAAGCAAAGGAGAAACUAUUACUGGAAGAGAAUGAUAGGUUAAGUUUAAAGGAGAAACUAUUCCUGGAAGAGAAUGAAAGGUUAAGUUUAAAGUUUCGUGCGAAGCCAUGGCAGACAUUGGCUCAACAGAAAGGUGCAACCCAUAACAGCCAAAGCUCUCAGAGUUCAAAAAUAGACACCGAGUUAUCCAUUGGACCAACUGAAAUACGUUUCUUCUAGCCAGAAAUUUUCUUUCAACGAAUAAAAUAAUUGCCUGUUUGAAUUAUUGUGAUGCAUUUAGUCAUCCAGUAGAGAAUAUAUGGUUGACAUAUUGAUUUGAUAUGAUCAAAUAUUUUAAUUGAUAUGAGUGUAUAUGGAUUGAUGUAGUCAAAUAUUAUAGUUUAUAUGGAUUGAUGCAAUCAAAUACUUUGUUACCUUGUACA